GGGAACCAUAGGAGUACUAAAGAAAAACCAGGUUCAGUGCGGGAACCAUAAAGUAUAGUACUCGGAUAGCUUAUUUGUGUUCAGCCUCUCCCCGACCAUAGGUAAUAUUUAAUACGGUGCCUGUGCCUGGACUGUGCCUUCAGAUACCGCAAAAGGGCCGUCACAUCAAGGCGAACAACCCUUCCCGUUUAUCAGCCACCAAACCAUAUCCUUCCUUAGGUACUGUACUGAUAUUAUAUUACCUACGUGACCAACUGGUAACACAGACACGGACACGGACACGGAUACUUGCAUUCUCCAACUGAAUGAAUCCCGUUACAGCCUAACGGCCAUACGGAACAUAUUCGUAAUGGCUCCUAACUUAAAAGAUAUCAAGGAUAUCUCUGCCCGGAUCAACUGUUUCGGGCGAAACCACAAAGACCAAGGUUCGAUCGAUAACGGCAAGCCCUCUCAGGUCCCCAACUCAACUAUGGCGAAACCAUUGUCAAAUCCAGUCCAACCCAAAUCGCAUGGGCCACGCAACCAACCGCUUGCAAUGUUUCCUAAAAAAGAUGGCAACAACUUGCCCCUGUCGUCUCAGAUUCCAUUUGUCCCUGAAACCGUACCAACAUCCUCGAGCAAUACAAUUGCACAGUUACUGAAUCCAUAUCUUAUUGCACAACCACCCGCAGGUGGAAUCUCAUAUCAGGCAAUGUCGCCAGGCAACCCCUCAGCGGGCAAGUCAGCGGGCAAGAAGCCAAUAAGUAUACCAAACCCCGGAGGUCCUUUCACUCAGAUCAACCCAUCCGGUACCAUACAUAUUCACAAGGGUUAUCUCUCUACGGCAUCGCACGACCAUUCCGGAUCAUCUCAAGGAUCGGGCACGUCGGCUAAGAAAUAUCCGGCGUCUAUCACAUGGUUUCCACAAUACCCAGAGGGCCAUCCUCAUCUGCACACACAGCCUGCUCCUCCCUUAGCCUCCGAUGAUCCCAUAGGUUCGUCAUGGGUUCAAGCAUCAUAUUUCCCAGAGCAUUUACCUAUGCACCAUAUACAGCCUCUUCCUCUAGGCAUCCAUCCAGUAAAGCCCCUAACUGGCCACCCACAGCCUCUCCAUUUAGGAGCCGGGUCCAAACAAACUCCAACGUUGAAUAACCAACCUGGACUAGCCUAUGACCAGCAAAUGUGGAAUAGCUAUUAUCUCGAUCAAUAUGGCACUGCGCCGGAGUACUUUGCAGUAAAUGAUUAUGAGAUGUUCUCUCCCUUUCUGCACCCAGGUCAGGGACCUCAAGGCGACAAGAUGGAAAUAGACGGCAUAAGCCUCGAAGACAACAGCGAGGAUAGCAACGAAGACAGCACCGAGUCAACGGACCUAGAGCAACCUCCCGAAAAUACAGCCAUGAUCGAAACAACUCUGGCUGACUUGAAGCCCUUAGGGUCAUUCGUCCUAGGGCUCCUUAAUCAUGCCUGCGCCGGAUGUCAUAAAAAGAAGACCAUGGGGUCUGAAGAUGUUGUGAAUAUGACGGCAACAUGGACUAGUGGCAAUGGGAAGGUUAGCCUUGGUCUGAAAUGUCAAGAAAAGUACUGCGAAGUAGUCACAUGUCUCGGUUGCGGGAAAGCAAUUCAUUUCACUAUGACAAACCCGUUAGGUGUUACCCUCAAUGUCGCCGGAACGAGUGCCACUGUGCAGUGGUGCUGUGAUGAUGGCAGACUGGCCGCGAUCUGGGCUCUCGCUUGCGGUUGGAAAGUCCCAAGGUCGAAGUCUCGAGCUGGUUAUAUGAUCACAAGGGUUCGAGGAAAGGUCAAGAUUAAGGAAGCUUCAGUGCUCGACAAGCUACGAGGACCUCACCCGCCGGUCACUGGGAAAGGAGUCGGUUACGGCGACGGGAAUACUCCUCAUGCUUACUUCUUUGGUCAGUAUACACAUCACCCUAAGCGUUCGAUGCCAAAACAGUCCAUAGACACUAAAGAGGACCUUGUGCACGAAAUUUAUUUCAGGCUCUUAGCUCUCCUACUCCCAUCCUGCAAAAGAGUAGCACAGUUCGACGCCUCGCCGCCUAGCCUUUUAUCACACAUGGUCUCGCGCAGCCCCUUACUAGAAAACUCUGCAAUGAUGUUCAGCAACGGCUCUAUUGACGAAAUAUCAUCUAGAAGUCAACUUCACGAUUCAGUAUUGGACUUCUUCGAUGCUUUAGGAAGCCAUCCAGCAACUGCAGACUUGGUAUACACUGACCGUAACCUUUAUUACGAAAAUGGGGGUAAUCUUCUGGAGGCCUCGCUCAGCCCCGAGAAGAGCAAAGGUAGAAUUGUUCCGAGGGACACGGGAAAGUCUCUGAUCGAAUUGCUAGGCAGCAUGGCGGCCCAAUUAGAGACUCUCCUCCGGUAUGCCCAGUUAAACCGUUCAGAGUUCCUGAACUCCGAAGGACAGAAGUUACUAAAGCUUAGCCAACGUGUAAGCGAGGUGUCUACUCGGCACAUCGCAAACAUGCAACAACUCCAAACAGCCAUGGAUAUUACUGAAGACAAGUCGGAUAUUGACUUUUCCGAGUGGCAUCGCGAAAACUGUGUCAGAGACGUCCCCGACGACGCGGUCCUGCGUAAUUUCGCCUACGCGCGGGAGGCAACCAGAGAACCCCCCCUGUGCCCAGGAUCACGUGGGCGUAUGAAGAGACUGAUCACGGAGAUAUCUACGCUGCUAAGCUCACUACCAGAAGGCAUCUUCAUAUGCCACGGAUCUUCCCGGCUUGAUAUCAUGAAAGUCUUGAUCAUAGGUCCUCGGGAUACACCCUACGAGCACGGCCUGUUCGAGUUCGACUUGUACUGCCCGCUGGACUACCCUAAAUCCCCACCAAGGAUGCUUUUCAAGACCCCGAACGGCAGCAGAACGCGCUUCAACCCGAAUUUAUACCAAGAUGGCAAAAUUUGCCUUUCCUUACUCGGUACGUGGCCUGGGGAGCCUUGGAGAGGAGAUCAGUCUACUCUGCUCCAGGUGCUUGUCAGCAUACAGGCCAUGAUUUUCUGCGGAGAGCCGUGGUACAACGAGCCCGGUCGAGAGUGCAGCAAAGACAAGACGCAAUCGGACAAAUACAAUAACAAUGUUCGAAGCAUGACAAUGCAGUAUGCCCAGCUGCCCUGGGUCAAGGCAGUCAAUGCGAAGGAUACAACCCAAGACGUAGUCUCCGGACCCAAUAUGGUGUCACUGUGGAAGGAAACAGCCCGGCUCUACUUUCGCGCAAACACGAAGGACAUCUUAAAUGUGAUUAAGAGUUCAUCGAAGUUGAAUGUCUUUAAUCUACAAGAUGCAGCGAAAGCCCUCAAAAACGCACUCAAGGCUAGCGGCUAUUUGGAUUGAAAGAUCCAAGGAUAUCACCAUGGGGAGGCGAGCGAUUCUAAGGUGAAGGGUUUCGGGAAAUACUUUGAUGAGGUGGAGCUCUUCAUCCCGCUCGCGUUUAGUAACAUGAAGAGAGAGGAGAGAGGCAGGCUUUUGGUGUUGGCCCAACAGACACAAAUAAAGGCAGGAUGGCCUAGCCCCGCCAGCAAGCAGAGAGAGGGCGCUGAGAUUUCAGGCUCCCCUAGGAGUCAACCAGUUGAGUGACACUGGAGAUUAAAGUCAACGCGAUGAGGAUGCAAACAUGGACGGAUGGGCAUAGUAAGGUUUGCUUACCUGUUUUCUAUACGGCACAAAUCAAGUACAUGCGAUAAUUGUAUCUUCUAGCUUCGUAGCUUUGUAGAUUAGGUAGCUACUAAAUUGCACUCAGCUCAUGGUACUCAAGGAAACGCAUCUAACAUAGAC